CCAGUACGGUCACACAAAUGAAAAGCCAACUCAGCUGAAAGUGAACCCAUUUUUAUACACAAAAAAUUAGUAGCUGCAGCGUAAUAAGUUGAUUUCACCCGAUCACUGCGCCCCGAAAACAAUGCAAAAUGCGGCUGACCAACGAGAAAGCAACAAUGCAGCCCCAGCUGAGUAAUUUGGCCCUGUUCCUGGGCCUGUUGAUCUGCUGUCUUCCAACUUUGACGUGGGCUGCGACUCUCUCCGACAAGCGACUGUGCGCCGACCCGAAAUGUGAACAAAUCAUCUCGACGGGAAUUGCCAAAAUCAGCUAUGCCACCGGUGGUGAGGGGCUGAUAUCCUUCAAAAUCAACUCUCCCAUCCGCGUCCUGUCCAAGAGCGCCGGUUCCAAUAUGCAACUGUGGGGUGUGGACAUCAAUGGGCGGCGCGGCUAUGCCAAUAAGGACUUCAUCAUGGAAAAGAAGAUCCUGGUCCGGGAUAAGGACCUAUUGUACGAGGUGCCAGUGGUCGGACCUGGUAGUCCAGUGCAGUCAGCGGAGACACCAGUUCAGACCGUGGAGACGCCAGUAAAACCCGUGGAGACACCAGUUCAGAGCGUGGAGACGACAGUGCAGCCUGUUCUUAACGCCUCUGAGUCAACCGAUGACCUGGCAACAACUACAACGUCACCACUUGAGAUAGCCGUUGAUUCAAUAGUGGUUGAGCACGACAAGCUGCAGGAUCAGCAGGUUCCUGAUCCUACUGCGGCUUCCAAGGCCCAAGUGCAGGUUAUAGAAGGAACUGAGCUUCCCCUGGAGGCCAUUGCAGCUACAACGGAAGGUAGCAUUGUUCCAGAGACGGCAGCAGACCCCCAAGAAGCAACGAAAUCGGACUCGACAGUUGUUGACACUAAAGAGCCACAGGCAUUUAAUUCUGAGCCCAAUAAAUUGCAGGAAGAGCCAAAAGCACAGCAACCUGGCAAAGAAGCUGAGAAACCUCCCACACUGCCUCAGGCCAUCAACGCUGAACUGGAAGACGCUGACGAUUUCGAUUACGGGGAUGACGAGACAGAUGACGACUCCGAACAAGGUAGUCUAGAUAACGAAUCGAUCGAAGAGAUAGCAAACGAUAACAAAUCAAUUAACGACUCGAUUGACCUGAAACCGCUUACGGUCGAGCAACUAAACACAACUGAUAAAUUGGAGGAUGUAAAGGAUGAGACUAAAGAGAAGCAGGCAGAAUUGGAGGUCUCCAAGAAGGAAGAGACCUUAAAUGUGACGGCACUAGAAGAGCCAAUUGAUCAGAAGGAAUUUCCCAAGCAGGUACUGGAUGCAGUCGUGGAAUUAAAGUCGUCAGAUCCUCUGCCAGUUGAGGAGGUUACCGAAAAGGUGGCUGAGCCAACACAAACGAUUGUCGAAGAUAAAAUUAAUGAAGAAAUAGUUCCGGUUUCAGCUGAAAUCCAAGCAGAGCCUGCAAAAGAUAACGCUACCGAACCUAUUGUUGCUCAAUCUGAUGAGGAAAUAAAAGCGCCAUCUGAGUCCGUAAUCAGCUCAACCGCUCCCGCUCCUGUCGUUGAAGAGGCACCACUGAAAACAGAACCUGUUGGACUGCCGCCCCUCUUCGAAAAGAAGAACUUUGAGAAUCCCAAUGAUUACUACAAGCAAUUGCAGGAGGAACAGGAAAAACAGAGACUAGUUGCAGAUGCGGAGCAGAAAAAGCGUUUACAAGAGGAAGCGGAGCAGCAGAAGAGGUUGAAAGAGGAAGCUGAGCUAAAUAAAAGGACACUCGAAGCCGAGAAACAGAAAAGGUUACAUGAAGAAUCAGAGCAGCUGCAGCGCUCAAGUGAGGAAGCGGAGCCACAACUGAGCGUUCAGGAAGCCAGCAUGCAGCAGCUUAAUGACUCUGUGGAUGCGCAGUCCAACGAAAUCGUUGAUAACAACAAUAAACAGCAGCCAGAGCAAUAUCAGCAGCACCAUCAUCAUACAGAAAGUGCCUUUAAUUACCCAUCGACUGCAUCACAUACAACUCCAACGCCUGACGCCGAAUCACCGUACGCAGCAGUCCAGGAGGAGACCACAGAAGCAUCACAAACGGAUAACCGUCGUGAGGGAGUUGGUUACGUGGAGCCAGUAGCUCUGCCCGCGACGGCUAGCCCCGUGUCGGAAGUACCCAUCAAGGAGGACGCACCAGGCUUUGGUCUCUUUGCCACGAUUGUUGACACCGUAAACAAUUUCAUCGGAAAGGAUCCUCAAAGUGCUCCAGCAGAUAGCAGCGAUGAACUGCACAGAAUCCUCUAUCCAGGAAGGCCUGAGGUGCCAUCUUCUCAAAGGAAGGCGGAAGACUCUGCUCCUGCCGAUGUGGAUGGAUAUUGUGCCCGGUUUCAAGCCCAAGAUGAGCACUGCCAUCGCUCUAUAUCUCUUGAUAAUUUUGUUGAAAUAAUGGCCGGCAAGCUGGUUGACCACAGCCAACUUUUACUUUGCGUAGUUAUCGCCGCGAUUUCUUCCUUGUUCUUCAUGUUUGCAUACUACUGCUUCUGCAAUAGUAGUCAGGAGGGAGCGCUUCUUUCGAAGCUGAAUCAUUUGGAGCGCAGUCUGUUGGCCUCCCACAAGGAGAACCUGAUCAUCAAGCACGACCUGAUGACAACGCGAACAAAGUUGGCCAGCAUUGAGGACAAUUCCUUUGGCUCCAACGACAUGGUGGCCGAUCUCAAGAAGCAACUUGAAUCUGAGCUGUACGAGAAGGCCAAGCUGCAGGAGCAGGUUGGCUCAUUAGAAAGGGAUCUGGAUAACGCGGCUGAGGCUGGCCUGGAGCUCAACAAGAUGCUGUCCGAAGUUCUGAACAGUCAGAAUGGCGAUGAGGCUUUCAUGAGCACCGUCGACGAACUGCAGCGACAGCUUAAUGACCAAGAAAAGAUCAUUAUCGAAAUCAACAACAGUCUGGCCGAGAAAAGUAGGGAGAACAGCGAACUGCAGUAUACGUUUACGGAGGCCACGACUCGGCUCAACAGCGAGCUGAAGACGCUACAAGAGGACAACUACGAGUUGGAGAUGGAGAAGUCUAAGCUGCAAACUCGUCUUCAGGAAAUUCAGGCUGAAACGGAAACGGAGUUGGCAAAGGCACUGGAAGCCAGAAAUUACGAAAUGCAAAAGCUGCAGAAUCAGAUUGUUGAGCUGACUGCCAAGUGGGAGCGCGAACAUGGCGAUCUGCAGACCAGUCUAGCAAAGAUCGAAGCUCUCGAAGAUUGCCUGAAGGCUGUCAGAAAGGAUGCGAACCUCAAUGUCCAAGAGCUGAUCACCUCGGCCAAGACACGCGGUGAACUCAACGCGGUCCAUAAGAAGCUGGUCGAGUUGCAGUCGAAGGUGGAGCAAGAAGCGGCCCACAAGCAACGUCUGGAGAGCCAGCUGCAGCAGUCAAGUCAAGAUGUGGAGCAGCUGAAGCAGGACUUCAACCAAUCAGAGCGCGAUAAGCUAGAAGCCCAGACGCGUCUUGAAGUCUUAUCUGGCUACUUCAGGGAGAAGGAGAACGAACUUAAGAAAGAACUUAGUCUGCAGGAGACCAAGUGGCUGCAGCACCAGGGAGAAAAUGCCAGCACAGUGGAGACCCAGACGCUGAUGAAGAACGAAAUCCAAACUCUGAAAUCUCAGAAUGACGAGCUGCGUGCCGAGAUCGAGGCCCAGAUAGCCUCGCACAAAGCUCAGAUGGGCACGCUGGAGAACCGCGCUCAUGAGUCCUGGCUGGCGGCGCGCCAGUCGGAGCGCCGAUGCGAAGAAGCGUUGGCCGAAGCCGCCAGCCUGAGGCGCAAGCUGACCACAAUGGCCAGCGGCGGAGUAGGAGUAGGCGGAGAUCAAGGCGUCAUGGAGGCCAUCGCCGCCAACGGAACUUCCGUGCUGGGGGCGGAACUGAAAACGGCACCAUCGCCGCUUCCCUUGCCGGGUUCACCACUGCUGAACAUGCCAAAUCCACUGCCAUUCCUGGCGGCACCCUUCUCACCGUUCAUGGGUCUGCCGCCGCCAUUCCUGCCGCCAGCUGCAGCGGGAGGGGCACGUCCUCCGCCCCUGGGACGCAUGCGCUCUCCGCCGCCCUCGAGUCGCGGCGAUCGGGAUCGAGAGCGAUACUCGGACUACAGCGACUACGACGAUUACGACGACGAUGAGGAGGACGACCGGGGCAUGGACCGUCGUCGAAGGCACAGCGGCAGCUGGGGUCGCCGGCAUCGCGGCUCCUACAGCCACUCGCCGCGCACAUAUCGCUCGCUAUCACCGUCGGACAGUCGGUACAACUACAACGACACGGAGACUGACUUCAGUCCGCCCCCAAGUCCGCCGCCCGUUCCGUCGGGACGCAGUGCGACAUCGCGACCCUACAGCGAGGUAUGAGGAGCAGGGUGUGCCCGUGCAACCAAGUCCUACCAAGUAUAUUAGACUCAAAAAACUAGUUCAAAUAUAUUUAUUAAUCAACGAUUAUCGAACGGUGGGAUCGGGGCGGGUCGGGACGGCCUCUCAAACCGAUUCCCCAAAACAGGGAUCUCAGGAGAGUUCGUGAACAACUAAGAAAACUCCUGUCUCAGCGGUGAAUGAUAUCCAAGAAAAGAAAAUUGAAACAAAUUAAACGCAAUGACAAACACCAAUCCAA